CAAUGGCAGCGCCUCCUCCCCAGCCCGCCAGCCAAUCCCGGCGAGGGGCGCGCGGAGCGCCGGGCCGGAAGGACUCCGGCCGGAAACGCCUCCCCCACGCCCCGUCAGAGCGGGACACCAAGGUUCCGGCUACCUCCCUGCACGGAAGUGCCCCUCAGCGUGCCACCGGAAACGGAAGUACGCCGCGGCGGAAGUAUUUGCGUCAUGGCGUUGAACUUUGACGUCGAUAGGUCGGAAAGCUCGCAGAGCCCGGCUCGUUUGACCUUUGACCUGUGCCCCGCUGGCGGCUGUGACCUGUUGACCCACAUACACUGUGAGCCCUCGGCCCACGCGCAUCUUCUCCAGAAGUCGGGGUCAGGCAGCUCUGUGACCUCUUGACCUUUGACCUUCUGAACACCCUCAUCUGUGGCCCCUGGACCUUGCAGCAGCCAGGGUCAGGGCCGUGAGGAAUUUCUAACGCCUAGCCGCUCCCGGACAGUCCUGGAGGGUUGGCAACAGGGAUGUGAUUGUGCUCAAAUCGAACUUUAUCAGCGGAGAAUGAGCAUUGACUUCAUUUUCAGCUGGAAAGCUCCUGGACGUUCAUUUUCAGAAAUCUUGCAGCAUUUGAAAGCGGGAAAUUCACAGAAGCAUUCAGAAUGGAAGCUGUUCCUACAGACUAUGGCAAACGAGUUUAUCAAGGAGUGAGAGUAAAGCACACAGUCAAAGAUCUCCUUGCGGAAAAGCGAUCAAGACAGACCAGCAGCUCCCGAUUCAGUGGCAGUACCAGCACCCCUCCGUCUCCAUUUGUUCAACUAUCAGGCUCCCCUGCCAUGUCUAGUUACUACGGCGUGAGGAGAUCGUUCCUGUCUGAUUUGGAUUUCCACAACGCUAAGCCGCUUUCGAAUGAUGUUUAUGCUUCAUGUCUGGGGGCAAAGUCCUUUCCAUGUGACUCCUCAGGAGCUCAAGCGUACCCGCCGCUAGCGGACUCCUAUUUCACCGAGGACUAUCGCGCUGCUGCCCUGGCGCCCAGCACCAGCUCCCUUUUCAGCACCUCCUCACUGCCCCCUCUCCUGCCUCCCUUCCCCAAUGACUCCGCGCAUUUCUUAAUAAAAGACCCCUGGGAGCAGGCCACGCCUGACAGCCUCAACCAAUCAGAUGCCGUGGGCUCAGAUUGUCUACAAACCAGCUGCCUCACCUCUCACGACACUGGAAACACUUCCCAGUACAGAAGCUCGAGCUGGAGUUCUGCCAUCCCAGGUGCCCAGUCCUACUCUUUGCCUGCUUUUGAAGACGUCCAUUACAUACCCAGUUACCCUGCCUCCUCAUCCUAUUCCUUUUCACCAUUUAUGACUGUAGCGAAUGACCUACCUCCCAAGAUGCUCCACCUGUCAUCUGAGGAACCCUUAGAUACAACCACCCUUCAUGAAAGCUCCUCUUGGGCAAAAGAAGACGGGAGUCCAGUCUGGGGGACGUACGAGUGCAGAAGAACUUAUUGAGGAAAGCUCCCAGUUGGUGACAAAUUAGAACGAACCUUCACUCAGCUGAACUGAUUAAAGGAUUUUUCCCUAUAGUCCAUCAUUGAAAAAUCAAGGACAGUGACAACGUAGCUGGAGGCAAAAAUGCGAAGAAGACUUUCAGACGAAGGAAACAGCCAUUUCUAAAAUCAACACGUUGCUUUAUGCUGUGUUUAGCCAUAUAAUUGUCAGGGUUACCGUGUAGCUUGUAGACAACAGAUCCAGUGCUCAUGUAAAAUCAGUUUUAAAAGUCCAAUGACAUCAGUGGCUGUUGGAUCAGUCCCAGUUUGGAAAGCAACCUUAAGAAACAGGACCUCAUCUUUUUUGUUGCUGAUAAACUGCAUCUAUUGCAGUUUAGAAGAUUUCUCAAAAACGACUCUACAUAAAGAUAGUUAUAGUGGGGAGGGGUGGAAUGUUUUCAAAUAAUGUAAGUUCUGUAUUGUGAUCUCUCAUUGUAUGCCACAUACAUGUAAAUUCCAAAUGCCAAUGUUAUGUAAAUAUGGCAUUGCCCUCGGGUGAUAGUUAUGGAAGGGGUAGUAAAUAGAGGGUGAACAUGGACAGACAGCAUACCCAGCAAUGACAAAUAAACAUUUGUGA